UUCAUUGUCCAAAUGUCAAGUGACAAAGACUUCGUGCGGAACAAUUUGCGUCUGAAAAACGGCAGCCGACAGCAACCGAAAUCUCAAUCAAUGCCUUAUGGCUCUGUUACAUUUCCGGCUAAUGGGAACUCUUCCGAUUUCAUCAGAGUGGUGUCUCCAAACACGAAAGCAGAUGUCAUUUUGGAUCACUUCUGCAAAUCUGGUUUAAGUAACGUCAGAUUGGAUAGCUUAGAAUUAGUAAUUUCUGUGAAUGGAACAUUUAAUGAAUCUCCCCAAAAAGCCGACGCCCAAAAAGAACUCAACAAUUUGAAGGAGGCGUUGGCCAAUAUCCUUAUUAUUGGAAAUGGAUGGGUAGUCAGUCCAGGUGAAUCAUCCAAUCAGCUUUUCAGUCUGGAAGAUGUGGAGCAAAAGGAACUCGAGGUCGACUUGAAACAAUCAUUCAAUUUCGUGUCAGUGGCUUUUGUUGAAUACGAGAAAUUGGCGGACAAACAAGUGCUAGUUGAGCCUGUCAGUUCCAAUCUGAGGAUCUACAGUCCUUCAUCGACACACCACAACAUUAAGGCAGAAAAAAGUACUUCUGAAAGUCUUCAUAUACUGUCAUCAGAGAACACUCACUUAGUCAUAGUUGAUUCAACUUCAGCCGAAAAAGGUGAACCGAAGAGUGAUCUUCGAGAGCUGCGUACUUCUUUUGAGGAGUGUUUGAUCGCAGAGAGAAAUCGGACGCUACCCCCCAUAAUAAACAUCUUCGCCGGUGGAUCAGAUGCUGAUAUUACCAAUAUGAUGCAGAAACUGGAAAGGAACCAAACUGUCAUUCUUAUUUCUGGCCUUGGUGGACUUUGUGAUCUCGCCGUUGACGCUCUCAGCAACACAGGUUCCAGGAAAUUGAACUCAGAAAACCCCGGAUUGUGCGAAAGACUGGCGGCCUUCCAGAAGAGAGAAAACUUACAUUUGGUUGACUUGUUAACCAAAGACAGUCACAAACAGGUGUAUGAGGUUGGAUCGAAGCUACUCUCGCCCGACAAGAGAAUAAAGUUGGCCGUUUUUGACUCACUGCAUGGUAAUCUGCGGACAAUUUUGGAUGAAUUGGCUGGCGACCCAGAAAUGGAAACCUACUGUUGGAAGGCUUUCCGGAAUGCUCUCAUCGAAAAAAAGUUUCCCAUCGUAGAAGGCCUUGUUUCUUCUGACUUUGACGUUUCCAAACACCUCAAGGAAAAUUUGGAUGAACUCUACGUCUCAACUAUGAAGGUUAACCCAGCACUGAAGGAGUUCAUCCUCAAGGGGCUCUUUAGACAAGCGGAUUCGUUCAAGCCUGAACUCUUGGACAGUUUGCUGAAGCAGAUGCUGAAGAAGUCUGGAUGUAAACACAGUGCACUGGAGGUGAAUCAGCAGUUGCUCCUCUACAGUGUGAUGCAGCUGGACCAAAGACUGAGUGAUUUCUUCUGGAAGAGAUGCGAGGAACCGAUGGCCUCUGCUCUUUUGGCCAAGCUCCUGUUAGACCAAAUGAAAGCCUCCUCCGAAUUCAGAGAGUGGAUAUACACGUUAAAGGAUCUCACUUCCUUCUUUGAGAAUAAAGCGUGUGAGUUCCUGAAUGUAUUCUAUCUCGAGGAUCCCGAAAUGGCAAUGCAGAAUCUGCAGGCAAAACAGAAGAGUUGGUUCGAUCUUGAGCCUCUGGACCUGGCGGAGAAAGGCAAUUGCAACACAUUUUUCUCUCAAGUUCCGGUGAACAGACUGCAGAGGGAGACAUUCUACGGCAGUAUCAUGCCGUCAUGCUCGUGGGUCCGCCUUAUUUUAUGCAUCCUUCUAAUCAUUCCAGUUGGAACAAUUCAUCUUCCGUGGGUAGCAAAAUACAAUGGAAAGUUCUACCAGAUGAAGGGUUUGAUUGCGCAACAAAUGGUCCAAGACAGAAGCAAGAACAUAAGAGGGAGUCGCGGCAUAGGCAUCAAUAAAAAAGAAAUGAGACAGUUGAAGCGACAAGUGGGUCUCAUGUUCUCUUCAGUGUACGCUUCACCCGUGGUCAUAUACAUUUUAGACUCCAUUUACACGUUGGGAAUAGUGGUUGCUCAGAGUUACAUGCUGACUGUGGUGUUCCAGCUCAGGGAGGAAGUUUCGAUGAUCGAAUGGGUUCUUCUUGGAUUGAUGGUGUUGAGACUGUUCAAAGACAUCGUUUCUUGUCUUUAUUAUGAAGAGACUAGGCUGCAAGCGAGAAUACAACGAUUUUAUUUGUCCAAUAAGUGGCACAUCAUAUCGACAGUAAACAGCCUCCUUUUCAUAUUUGCUACAACUCUUCAUACAGCUUACGACAAUGCGGAUGCUUCCGAGUGGACCCAGGUGUUGUAUUUGUUGAGUAACGUCCUCAGCUACGACAUCCUCCUGAGGUCAUGUCUUGUAUGGGACUACGUUGGACCAUACAUAGUCAUGAUGCGCCAAAUCGCUAAAGAUCUCCUCAUAUUUCUUGUAGUGGUUCUCAUUUUUACAAUCGGAUACGGAAUCUCUCUGCAAAGCAUUCUCUACAGCAAUGCUGAUAGUAAAAUUACCUGGGGAGUUAUUUUUGGGAUUUUGCUCAAGCCGAUUCUUCACGUUUUCGGCGAGAAUUUCCUUGACAACUUGUCCCAAAGUGGCGAUUGUGACACCGACUCAGAGAUCCUUUUCGAAAACUGCCAGCUUUCCUUUCUCAGACCAGUUGUCGGCUUAAUUCUCUUUCUCUUCUAUGCAACUUUAGUGAACCUCAUGCUGGUCAAUCUGCUGAUCGCCGUUUUCAGUAAAACUUACACACAAAUUAAUGAUAAUGUAACCCUCUACUGGAACCUAGUUUUCUACCGAUCCGCUGUUAAGUACUAUUCCAGGAAAAAUAGCUACCCGGGUCCGAUAUUUUUUGUUAAAUUUGUUGUCGAUUUAUUCAGCUGGUUUCGAGGGAAAAGCGGAGGAGCUAUAAGGCCCUAUUCGGAUACAAGAGACGGAAACAACGCUGAAAUCUUAGAGGAGCAGUACAAGUACAAAGCGAAGAAAAUGGAAGCGCGUAUAUUUCAGAAAUGGAUCAAGCCAACAAUCUUAUACUCGCCCCCUAAAUGACCUACCAUAAAACCUCCUCAUCAAAACAUGUAUUAUGAUUUUGAAAACUAAUUUGUAUGAACUUCGCAUUUCAAAUUAUAAAUUUAAACUUGAGCAAACUCCUCCUGCUCAAGUAUUAUUUUGAAUGUUAGUUUGGAUCAAUUGAGCAAUCCCCCCAAUAGAUGGUUGAUGUGUUUUUAGCACGCAAUCAAUUGA